CAACAUGCCGAAACACGGGAUCACUGAAGGGACUGAUGAAAAGAAACCUUAUACAAUGGCGCACACGGCAGGAAAUCAGCCAUAAGCAGACCCCCAUGUUUUCCCUCGUUACCCAGCGAAUCAGUCUCGAAUCAACACUUCCUGUGAUUUACACUUAAUGACCCCAAAUGGGUCGGCUUGUUUGCCUGCGACUGCUGAGGCAACCGACAGCGGCAUUGUAGGGAAGCGAAACGGGAUCUCUUUUUCUUUUCCCUGUGAUCAUGUACAGUAUUUUCGUAUGAUAAUCAUAUUUCUCUGCAUUGUGUAAUUGCACGCCCAGCCCCGGCCAAUAUGUUUAUGGGACGUAGAAGAAGCUCGGUUUUUAGUUCAUCCUCAGGGGUUAAUUCUCCUGAGAUUGCUAUGAGAAUCAGAGACAAUAUUGGAGAUGACUUUUUUGAACGCUUUAGUGGACUCUCUUCCCGAGCACUUGAAUAUCGCAAUCGUGCCGAUAAAGAGGCCGAAAAAGAACAAAGUCUGCCAUUCAAAUUGCCCGGAAGUACAAUGAACUCGUCUAAUGCAGGAAGCAGACGGCGUAGUGUGACCAAUGUCGAAGAUGAUUUAGAGGAACUUUAUGUAGAAGUACUGUAUACAAUUAAGCAUAAAAUCGGCCAAACUGAUCCCUACCAACAUCUGGCUUACAAUGAUGAGCUUUUGGAUUAUGCCCAGGCCGCUUUUGGAAUUGACAGCGCCCGUCAUUAUCGAUUGUUUUCCAAAGCAAACCAGGAAAAACCUCCAAAAGUGGUACUUAACGUGGCCGUGAUUGAAGGACGGGAUUUAGAAGCAAAAGAUCCCAACGGGUUUUCCGAUCCCUAUUGCAUGCUGGGACUUAUCGGAAAUAGAUCCAGACGACAAGUAGAAGCUCUACAAUCUACCCCAUCUUCCGAAACGUUUCCGGAAGAUGUUAAAGAAGCACGUUCAAAAAAGAGCAGCAUGUACCGACACAAUCGUACCAAAUCGAGACGAGACUACAACUCUGAUAUUUUGGAACAACUGCCGGCGAAAUUUAUCCGUACCACCACGGUCAAAAAGGCCACCCUGAAUCCGCAAUGGAACGAAACAUUCCAGCUGCCGGUGGACGAUCCAAGUGAAGAUAUUCUCCAUCUGGAUAUUUUUGACCAUGAUGAAGAGUACGAAGUAAUGGAUGCCGUAAAAAAUGUCAAGAAUGUGCAGGGUAUUAAAGGCCUUAACAGAUAUUUUAAGCAAAUCGCCCAGUCUGCGAGGAAAAGCGCAGCUGAUAAUGUGGAUGACUUUUUGGGGUGUGUCGAUAUCCGUGUUCUGGAUAUUCCAUCCAUUGGCAUCGAUAAAGUGUUUAAUCUGUACUCGCGUACGACGAAUAAAUCCCGUGUCCAGGGCAGUUUACGCCUGCGGCUGAACUUAACAACCCGGGAAGACAAAAAUCAGACUAAUAAUCUCUCCGAUUUUCUGCAACAUAAGGACAUCAUCACGGCUUUUAUGAAACACGAAGUAAAAAAAUUUAAAACCUCCAUCGAAUGGAAUGGUGAGCUUAAUGAGCUGGCCGAGACCAUAUUGCAUCAGCAUGCUAUCCAAGGCAACCUCACUGACCUGCAGUUGGCUGCAUGCACAUGGAUUGCCCUAAUUGAUAUUCACGUCCAUGUGGUCCGGCUGGAUUAUCUCGUGUUAUUCCAAGCUCUUAAACAUCUGGAUUCACUCUGGGUUGCCAACGGACUAGGCCUCGAUGCCGAAGAAAUAACAGCCGAGUGUGUUGGGAAUUUUAAAGACUAUGCGUUAUCGUGCUUGGAAAAAGAGUGGUACCAUUUUCCCAUGAAUCGCACCAUUGCCCAAAGGCAGAUGGAGAGUUUACUCAAAUGUUUACGGCUACUGUUUGAAUGCAAGUUUUUCAAACGAUUUUUCCCCUUGGACGACAGCAUGAACUCUGUAGUUACUGCUGCUAUUAAGAUCGCCGCUAUCGAUUACUACCAUUCCAUCCGGGAGAAAUUCCGAUAUGACCGGGAUGAUGACGGAAGUAAAGGCAUGGAAUCGUUUUCCUACACCUUAAUUGCCAUGAACUACGAUUUACGGCGAUCAUUUCGAACAGCUGACAAACUUUUUGCUAAUUUCAAGAUAAAAUAUUUGGCAAUUACCAUGAUGGAACUUGAUAAACUCGUGUACGGAGACUUCGAGCGGUUUGCUUUCCUCAAGCAAAUGCCGGAUUUUUCGGACGUUUUAAAUAAUCGAGAUCCGUAUGCCAUUUUAAAAGACGAUUUCUUUACGGCGCCGGGCAAAGAGGAGCCGAAUGCGGAAAUUUUCGUUCUUUACAUGGCACUGAAUGACUUCAUAUAUUUGAGAAAGCAUCUUUCUGAAGAAGAUAAACUAAUGCACAAAUGGAAAGAAUACAACACCCCGUUUAUUCCGUUUGUAUUGCAAUGGCUUUCUUACGCAAAAGUUGCCGCCAAACGAAAAAUGAAAUCUUGGGUGGAAAACGACAAAAUAUCACGAGCCGAAUCCAUCAUACGCUACAGCACUUCUGUUAUAGAAGCAAACGGCAUGCUUACUUCCAUAGUCCAUUUCAUAAAAGAUCUGAAAUGGCCUGAUCCUGAGCAGAACUGCAUCCUAAUGUGCAAGCUGAUCAGUGACAUUGCGGAGGAUGUUGCAUAUUUUUCUGAAAUUACCUACCGUGCUUUCAAAGACUCAGGGUGGUUGGAACAUGAGCUGUUAGAAGUCAAUGAUGACCUCUGCAUAGCUGUGAAUAAUCUGGAGACCAUACGGUGCCAUUUUAUGGAUUUCCCGGAACAACUUGGCUGGGCGGAUAUGACCAAAUCGCUGCGGGACACCGGUGAUCCUGUUCUGAUUAAAUUUGCCAAUGACUGCGAUGGUGUACUGACUCAGGCUCUAUUCAACGGGAAAAAGAUGCUGACAGAACGAAUAACAAAAGCCCUGGAAAAAUUAAUCAAAAAGAUGAAUACAGAGAUUUCGCAGCAUUUGGCGAAAUUAAUCUGUCCUCCGAUGGUUUCGGUGGAAAGCCUUACCUCACCUGUGGUGGAUUUUAUGGAUUCCAUACUGGCGAAUUUAUACAGUAUCAUGCUCAAAGCAAAUUUUUUACGGACAUUGGAGCUCUUGUGGCUGAACAUAUUAGACCAAAUUAUGGCUCUUACGUUUGCGAAUCGCACGAAAGAACCAGCCUGUUUUAUCAACUUGUACCAGAGUUUAAGCAUUUUUAUUGAGUAUUUCCAUGCUGGAGAUAAAGGUCUUCCAAGUGAUGUGAUUGAAAGCGAGCGAUACCACAGUGUUAAAAGGAAAGUUUUCUAUUAUCAACUAUCGCCUCAAGAAUUGAUAGACUCCUUUGUUUUGGAGGCGGUUAACAUACAAUCUGCAAUGACCAAAACACCAUACGGCACUUUAACGAUCCGCAUACAUUACGAGAAAAAGUCUGGAAAAGUUAUGUUGGAAGUAAUUCACGCCCGAGAUGUGAUUCCAAUGGAUACAAACGGAUUAAGUGAUCCGUUUGUGAUUAUUCGUUUCCUUCCCAUGCGAAUAUUUUCGAACGUUCCAUUAGCCAAAACGUCCGUUGUAAAAAAGUCCUUGGAUCCACAGUGGGACGAAAGAUUUGAGUUUGCAAUUCCAAUUGACAAAUGCAUCAAAGACUGCAGUGCGAUUCACUUUGCUCUUAUGGACCAUGAUGUAAUGUUCCAAGACGAAUUAGCGGGCGAAGGCUUUUUACAACUCUGCAAAAUUCCCGGAUUGAAAGGGGAGCAGACCAAAAAUUUUUCGGGACUAAGGGAGAUUACGAUGCCCCUUUUACAUCCUAAGAUGAUGACUUCGGGUAUCUUGGCCGACAUAAUUGAAGUUCUAAAAUGCCGGGAACAGCAGAAGGAAGGACUGGACUUUCUUAACGUUCUCUUCAUAGAGUGACAACGGAAAGUGGCUACAUGGCCUACGCUUUUUUUUACUGGUUUCGUCGGCAUUUCGGUUAUAUGUAGAUAAUAUGAACUUAACUGAUUACUUAAAGCCUACUGUAAUAAAUACAAAUACUUUG